AUGUCCAACUCCAGCUCAGCCAACUCUAACGCUCACAACGGCAUGCGCGGCGCCAAUGGAGGGAUCAUCGGCUGUCGCAUCAUCGACCAGGUCGCCUACAUCAACAGUCUCCCUCCGAGCGAGCCUGUCCAGCAGACGCAGCAGCAACAGAAGCCGGCGGAGUCGGACGCUCGCCGGGGAUUUGCGAUGCCUGAGCAGCAGGCGAUCUAUGGGUACACCACCCCGCUGCCCCUUCCCCCUCGUCGGAACGCAAACACUAAGCAGAAGAAAGCCUGA